AUUUCCGCUUGGAGCAUAGUUUUUAGGGACAAUUCACAAAUUCUUACUCGGUCUCUCUCGUUUGCCGCUAUUUUUCACUCUCAAGUUCUCAACCUCGGCCCAUCACUCUCUUCGGAUUCUCUAUAUUCGGUUCAACAUUUUGCCGAUGGCAUCGACCCUUUUGGUUAAUCGAUUCGCUCAUUCUCUAUCAUUUCCAUCUGGCAAGACCCAGAUUCUUACUUCCGUCUUCAGUAAGAAAUUGUUUCGCGUUCAAGCUAACUCAGCUCGUGUGUAUAUAAUCGGACUCGGCGAUUUUCUUCUUUCAUGGCUUCAUCUGUAGCAGGGGCUAGAGCUCAUUUUUCAUCAAAAUCCUUAUCCACGCAUGACCCUGUUGUUUCCCCUGAUUGGCUCCAUUCUAAUCUCAAAGAGCCUGACUUGAAGGUGUUAGAUGCAUCAUGGUACAUGCCAGAUGAACAGAGGAAUCCUAUUCAUGAAUACCAGAUGGAGUAUCUGACCGAAAUUCAAAGAUUUCACGGAGCUCUAUCAGAGCCUCAAAAUGGAAGAAUUGGUCAUGUACAUGGUAGCAAGUUUAGUCAGUUGCCCCAGCCUGCCCAUAAUUUUCCUACUUCAAUCGCUUGGAAUACAGAAGUGGGAGAGCAAGCUAGCGACCUGUAUGUAUCACUUUCUAACCACUCAAAUCCUGAAGUCUCAUGCUUCUCUCAAAAGGGUUACUCUCUGAUCACAGAAGAAAUUGUUGGCAGAACAAUUCAUGCCAUUUGCCUAAAGAGUUUGCUGAGGUUGAGUGUGUUCCAAACCAAUACAUUGAUCAAUAUGUAUUCGAAGUUUGGCCGUAUAAACUAUGCUCGGUUAGUAUUUGACGGAAUGCCCAAAAGAAAUGAAGCUUCUUGGAACAAUAUGAUGUCAGGUUAUGUCCAAGUGGGUUCAUACUUGGAAGCAGUAUUUUUCUUUCGAGAUAUCUGUGGGAUAGGGAUUAAACCAAGUGGAUUUGUGAUCGCGAGUUUAGUCACUGCUUGUAAUAAGUCCUCUAUUAUGGCCAAGGAAGGUUUCCAACUUCAUGGUUUUGCAAUUAAAUGUGGUUUGAUAUAUGAUGUGUUUGUAGGUACUUCUUUUGUGCACUUUUAUGGUAGCUACGGGAUUGUCUCUAAUGCUCAAAAGAUGUUCAAUGAGAUGCCUGAUAGGAAUGUGGUCUCUUGGACUUCUUUGAUGGUUUCAUAUUCAGAUAACGGAAGUAAGGAGGAAGUGAUAAAUACUUAUAAACGCAUGAGGCAUGAAGGAAUAUGUUGCAAUGAAAACAAUAUAGCUUUAGUAAUUAGUUCUUGUGGGUUUCUUGUGGAUAUAUUGUUGGGUCAUCAACUUCUUGCACAUGUUUUAAAGUUUGGAUUAUUGACUAAAAUUUCUGCAGCUAACUCUCUCAUAUCCAUGUUUGGUGGUUGUGGUGAUAUUGAUGAGGCUUUCAGCAUUUUCAGUGAGAUGAAUGAAAGAGACACAAUCUCAUGGAAUUCCAUCAUCUCUGCCAAUGCACAAAAUGCACUACAUGAAGAAUCAUUUAGGUAUUUUCACUGGAUGCGCUUAGUCCAUGAAGAGAUAAAUUACACAACACUUUCUAUUCUGUUAUCGAUUUGUGGUUCUGUAGAUUAUUUGAAGUGGGGCAAAGGGGUUCACGGUCUAGUAGUAAAAUAUGGACUAGAACCUAAUGUUUGUCUUUGCAAUACUCUUUUAAAUAUGUAUUCUGAUGCUGGGAGAUCCGAAGAUGCAGAAUUGAUCUUUAGAAGAAUACCAGACAGGGAUUUAAUCUCAUGGAAUUCCAUGUUAGCAUGCUAUGUUCAGGAUGGAAGGCGCUUGUGUGCCUUAAACUUUUUUGCUGAGAUGCUUUGGAUGAAAAAAGAUAUCAAUUAUGUCACUUUUACCAGUGCAUUGGCUGCCUGUUUAGAUCCUGAAUUCUUUGGCAAAGGUAAAAUUCUCCAUGCUUUUGUUGUCAUUCUGGGCCUGCAUGAUGAUUUGAUCAUUGGAAACACAUUAGUUACGUUUUAUGGAAAGUGUCAUAAGAUGGCUGAGGCAAAAAAAUUAUUCCAGAGGAUGCCCAAGCUUGACAAAGUAACCUGGAAUGCGCUUAUUGGUGGUUUUGCUGAUAAUGCAGAACCGAAUGAGGCAGUAGCAGCUUUUAAAUUGAUGAGGGAAGGAGGGACAUGUGGCAUUGACUAUAUUACCAUUGUAAAUAUUCUUGGUUCUUGUUUGACUCAUGAGGAUCUUAUCAAAUAUGGGAUGACCAUCCAUGCACAAACAGUUGUGACAGGAUUUGAUCUGGAUCAGCAUGUGCAAAGUUCCCUUAUCACUAUGUAUGCAAAAUGUGGUGACCUUCACUCUAGUAGCUAUAUCUUUGAUAACUUGGUGUUUAAAGCUUCUAGUGUGUGGAAUGCCAUAAUUACUGCAAAUGCUCGUUAUGGUUUUGGAGAAGAAGCUUUGAAACUUGUAUUAAAGAUGAGAAGUGGUGGAAUUGAAUUUGAUCAGUUCAACUUCUCCACGGCUCUUUCAGUUGCUGCCGACUUGGCUAUGUUGGAGGAAGGCCAACAGCUUCAUGGAUCAGCAAUUAAACUAGGAUUUGAAUUGGAUCAUUUUGUUAUAAAUGCUGCUAUGGAUAUGUAUGGGAAAUGUGGGGAACUGGAUGAUGCUUUAAAAAUACUUCCCCAACCAACCAAUAGGUCAAGAUUAUCGUGGAAUACAAUGAUAUCAAUUUUUGCCAGACAUGGAAAUUUUCAUAAGGCUAAGGAAACUUUUCAUGAGAUGCUAAAACUGGGUGUAAAACCUGAUCAUGUGUCAUUUGUUUGUCUUCUUUCCGCAUGUAGUCAUGGGGGCUUAGUCGACGAGGGUCUUGCUUAUUAUGCUUCAAUGACUUCUGAAUAUGGAAUUCAACCUGGAAUAGAACAUUGUGUGUGCAUGAUUGAUCUUCUUGGAAGAUCAGGAAGGCUUGUAGAAGCUGAAGCUUUUAUUACAGAUAUGCCAAUUCCACCUAAUGAUCUUGUUUGGCGGAGCCUUUUGGCAUCUUGUAGAAUAUAUCGUAAUCUAGACCUGGGAAGAAAGGCUGCAGAACGUCUUCUUGAGUUGGACCCAUCUGAUGAUUCAGCUUAUGUUCUUUACUCGAAUGUCUUUGCAACCAUUGGCAGAUGGGAAGAUGUAGAAGACGUGCGGGGACAGAUGGGAGCACACAAAAUUCAAAAGAAGCCUGCACAUAGCUGGGUCAAAUGGAAAGGCAAUAUCAGCAUAUUUGGAAUGGGGGAUCAAACACAUCCACAAGUGGAACAGAUAAAUGGCAAGUUGUUAGGACUUAUGAAAAUGGUUAGAGAAGCUGGUUAUGUUCCUGAUACAAGCUACUCACUGCAGGAUACAGAUGAAGAACAGAAGGAGCAUAACAUGUGGAACCAUAGUGAAAGAAUUGCUCUUGCUUUUGGAUUGAUCAACAUUCCAGAAGAUACUACUGUUCGAAUUUUCAAGAAUCUGCGUGUUUGUGGUGACUGCCAUUCUUUCUUCAAGUUUGUAAGUGGAAUUCUCGGGCGAAAAAUUGUUUUGAGGGAUCCAUAUCGGUUUCAUCACUUCACCAAUGGCAAUUGUUCCUGUUCUGACUAUUGGUAGUGAAGUUACUCACAAUCUGAUCAAUUUCUGACUUCUCCACCGAUAUAAGGAGAUACAGGCAAAUGGAAAAUUGAUUCUUGGUCAGGUCUUGGAUUCAGAGCUGACCGUAAUAGGUGAUUGAGAAAAAUAGUUUUUGCAGGCCACAUUUAAUAUAAUUUGGCCAACUCAAUUUCUCUCAAAUACCUGAGCUGAAUUCAGAUGGACAGUGAUUCAAAUAUUAAAACUGAAAAGUUCUUCCUGGCUCCCCUCCUCUAUCAGCCUAUUUUCUCUUUUCUUCUAGCUUUGUGAAAAAUGUGUCUGGCAAAAGCCAAAGCUUGAAAAGCAGGAGAGAAGAACAGUGGCAUGGCACCACUGUGGUGAUCGGUUCUUGGCCAUACGCCUAUACCCAUCAAGAAGAGGAGAAAAAUACUUGUUUCUUCUCAUACACUUACUCGAGGAGAUCGAACAACGUCGUUAUAAAGGGAAUUGUGGGGUGUUUGAUUAUGAUAUAGACAAUUCGAUUGGAAAACGAUGUAGAGAGUUUAUGUGCAGGUAGUUAGUCUUUGGCUGGUGGAGUGUUGUUUUGGAAGAAAAGCUCUCUAAUGGUGAAAUCAUUAUUUUGAGUUAUAUCAAAGUUGUAAGAGAAAAUUGUUUUGGAAGAAAAGCUCUCUAAGGAGAAAAUGGAGGGAAGAACUGAAGCAGCAAGGAGAAAGAUUUGAAGAUUUUAUGAGAAAUUUAGAAGCUUUGUCACUCUUUUUGUUUGCCCCUUGGUUUCUAACAAAAACUAAUCACUCUUUUGCAAAGUAGUUUCACUUUUUGGUUUGUUGGUGAA